AUGGCAUUCAAGCUCAACGUCGGCCUUCUGGCCCUUUCUCUUUCGCUUUCGCUGAUCAACCUCGAUGGUGUCAGCGCCGGAACGGCCACUCGAUACUGGGAUUGCUGCAAACCAUCUGCUUCAUGGGGCAAAAAGGCUCCAGUCUACGCCCCGGUCGACAUCUGCAAAGCGGACGGAGAAACUCUCAUUGACGCUUCGAAAGCCGAGUCUGGUCAGAGCGGCUGCAACGGUGGAGACCAGUUCAUGUGUAGCUGCAUGCAACCAUUCGACGACUCCACAGACCCCACCCUUGCGCUUGGAUUCGCCGCCUUCACUGCUGGCAGCGAAGAAGAAACCGACUGUGCUUGUUACAUCGCCGAAUUUGCCCACGAUGGUCAAGGCAAGCCGAUGAAGCGCAACAAGCUCCUUUUCCAGGUCACGAACAUCGGCGGCGAUGUUGCGUCCCAGAACCUCGACCUCCAGAUCCCUGGUGGUGGAUUGGGUGCUUUCACUCAAGCUUGCCCUGCCCAAUGGAAGACUCCUGCUUCUCAGUGGGGUGAGACGUAUGGUGGUGUGAAGGAGGCCAGUCAGUGCAAGGACUUACCUGAGCCUCUGCAGGCGGGUUGCAAGUGGAGGUUCAGCAGCUGGGGUGAUAACCCAGAGAUGAAGGGUAGCCCGAAGAGGGUCAAGUGCCCGAAGAGUCUGAUUGAUAGGUCGGGUUGCCAGAGGAAGGAUGACAACUCGGUGAGUGCUUAUCAGGGACAGACAGAUGCUCAGAACAAAGCUGCUGAGGCUAGGUACAAGCGUGACCGAAGUGUUUGUCUUGGUGGUGGCAGCAACAGCGGCAGCAAGGGCAAUCCAGAUGGUUAUGGUUCUGAGAAAGAUAACGAGAGUACUGGGGGCGACAACGGCGCUGGCUCCAACUCUGGCCUCAACCCCGGUUUGGACUCCAGCGCGAAAGGCAGUCGGCCUGAAGGCUACGGUACUGGCGGCGGAGAUGGUAGUACUGGCGCCCCUUCCCCGUCUGGUGAUCGUUCCGCUACUCCUUCCCGCACUUCCGAUGGUCAGCCUCAGGUCAAAGGUCAGAACGACGAUACCACUGACGCUAACAACGGUGGCGCGGCAGUUGUCCCAGACGGUCACAAGAAGAUGCACAAGGUGUGCCACAAGUGGCGCUGA